UUUUUUUCUAAAGUGUCGAUCAACUGAUAAGAGCUCUCGUCAGGUGAUAUUGAUUAUCUGGCACUUUUCAAUUCUAUGACUCAAUUCCUCAAAAUUCUAUUUUUGCUUCUUCUCCUCGUUCCGCUGAUAUCAUCAGCAUCCACACGUGGACAAUGCUUGACCGAUCGGAACUGUGAUAGCAAUCAUAAAUGUGUGAAUCGACAUUGUUUCUAUCAGAAUGAGCAUGUCUUCAAAUGUGUCGAUGACCUCACUUGUCCGGAAUUUCAUUCAUGCCACAAUCGAGUAUGUUUGAUGCAGAAAUCGUCGCCAGAAAAAAGAAUACAAUCAAAAAUUUAAUCUCUGAAUAUGCGUACAGUAAAACUUGAAUUAAAUGAAAAUAAAUAAAUGAACACAUG